AUGGGGGCCGGCCCCUCACGCGACCGGGCCGUGCUGUUGGAGGCGGCGAGGCGGGGCGAUUCCGCUGCUGUCGCUGCGGCGCUGAAGCAGGCGGGCCCGGCGCCCCUCGUCCGCGCGGCGACACUGCUGCGGCGCCAGAGCGUCCUGCACGUUGCAGCCAGGCACGGCCAAGCAGAAGUGGUCAAGGCGGCACUCGCGCCCCUCAUAUCCGCAGCACGCCAAGAGGCCUUCGACGCCACCGCAGCCGCCGCCGCCCCCACCGCCGCCGCUUCCGCCGUCGGCGCCACAGCUUCUGCCGCCUCGGAGGCGCAGCCAGCCGGCGCCGCCGACCCUGCGGCCGCCGCGGCGCCGGCCGCCGACGCGCCCCGCCCGGCGGCGGCUGCAAAGCCCGCGGCCGCGGCGCUUCGGGCUGCGGUGAAUGCACGAGAUCUGUCAGGGCGCACGCCGCUGCACUUUGCGGCUAAGUACGGCCAUUUAGAAGCCAUCAGGCAGCUGCUGGCGACGCGCGUGGUUGAUGUUCUGGCGGUGGACGACGUGGGCUUCACCUGCCUGCACGUGGCGGCUGUCAGGGGUCAUCAUGACGUCAUCGCCCUCAUCCUGGGGGACACCCCCACCCUCGGCACGUCGACUCGCAGGCUCGUCAACCGCCGCAGCGUGAGCGGCUUCACGGCGCUGUGCUACGCGUGCUGGGCCGGCUGCGAGACCUCCGCGCGGCUGCUGCUGCGCCACGGGGCGGACAUGAAUCUGGCCAACAUGUUUUCUUUUGACCAGCACGCGCCUGUCGCACUGGGCAGCACGCCGCUGCACCUUGCCGCCAUCAGGGGCCACGAGGGCCCGGCCCUGGCGCUGCUGGAGCACUACGUGAGCUUUGACCGGGCGACCCUCCUGGCCGCCCAGCCGCCCGGCCGGCGCCCCCCCCGCGAUCCCCGCCGCGCGGCCAACCUUCAGGGCCUGACGCCCGCGGCCGCGGCGCGGCAGUCCUGCCAGCCGGCGCUCGCGGCCCUGGCAGACCCGGAGGUGCCUAUAGCCAGCGUGGUGGACGUGACGACGCUCGGCAGGCUUCGCGCGCCACCGACGCUGCGCGCGAUCGCCUCUGCCGCCUGGCGGGCCGGGCUGAUCGCCGACCUGGACGGUUUGGAGACCGAGGCCGCGGCCGCCGCGGCCCAGUCGUCAAACUGUGAAUGCGACGAGGAGCGCACCGCCUGCGCGGGCGCCGGCGAGCACCCGCGCAGCUUUGGCGGGGACAGCUGCGCCGACGCAUGGUGCUGCGAGGGCGGCGCCGGCGGCGGCGGCGGGGGCGGCGGCGGCGCCGGCUCGUGUUCCCCAGUCGCCGACGGCAAGGGCAGCUGCUCGGCUCGGUCCCCUGUCGUGGGCGCGCUGCUGCAGGUGUCAGUCAGCAGCGCUUGCUCGGCCGGCUGCCGUGACGCCGAUCUGAUCGCCGCGUUCGAUCUGCCCGAGGUUGCGCCGCCCUGCGGCGCCUGCGGCGGCGCUGAUGCGGCCAGCGAUAACGACGAUGAUGAGUCGACUUGCGGCGUCUGCCUGGAGCCCCCUGUUUCUGUUGCGCUGCUGCGCGGCUGCGGCCACAGGCUCUGCACCGCGUGCGCGCGUGGCGUCGUCGGCGCCGUCGGCAAGGCGCCGACGGCGUGCCCGGUGUGCCCCUUUUGCAGGGGGACGAUCCUGGGGUUUGACAGGGCUUAG